AUGGAGGAGCAAUCUAGACAGCGUCGUGUCAGUUCCGUAAAGUCAGCUAAACUUGAACUUUUGCGCAAAAUCAAGGAGGCGAAACAGAAGGGUGAACGGUUUGUUGUGGAAACAGAGGAGAAACCCGUUUAUGAAACAGUAGAUGAAAAAACCUACUCGAGGAUGGUUCAGGAACGUUUAGAGGAUGAUUGGAUUGUUGAUGACGAGGGCCUUGGGUACGCUGAUGACGGUCGUGAAAUUUUUGAUGACAACGAUGGCGACGCCGAAGCCAGUCCUUCAAAGAAACGCCCGCGUCAGUCCGUCCAUAAGAGACGAUUUAAUCCGGAUAUUCGCGCGUCUCCUAACGCUCCUAGGCUCCAUGCGUCCGGCACCAAAGAUAUCCGAAACAUGUUUGCCACAAGUGCAUCCCAAAAGUCCAAGUCGAAUACCGGUAAAACGGGCAAUUUAAAGGAGGAUGAUGCCGCGUUGGAUGAGCUUCUUGCCGAAAUAGUAGGCGGAAAUGCAAGCAGACGGCCUAGUAUGCCUUCCACGUCGACAAAGAAGGCUCAUUCUGAACAGAAGAGAAGCAAGCGGACUACUUCGAUGACGACAACCUCGCCAACGAAGCAUUCAACUAACAAGGAAGCGCGGAAAAAUCCUUUCUCUCUGAAAAAAUCAGCCAAAGCCGAAAACGAUUACCAGAAUGAUGUUGAUGCUAAGUGUGUAGAACGCGCCCCACUGUCGCAGCCCGCUGCCAAACGCCCAACAUUGCCGAUACCAAAUGUAACUGUCAGGGCCACGAAAACAUCCCAGAAUUCAAGCACCUCCUCAUAUCAACCCAAACCGGAACCCAUGGAUUUCACGAAGGAGUCAAAAGGAAGUUCGGUAGCGCAGGUAUUUGAAAAUGAAAAGAUGGUCAUGGAAACCGAUGAUUUUUCCUCCUGUCUGAAAGAUGACGAGGACAGCGAGGCGGCAGCCGACGUCGCAGCACCCUGGAUGGCUGAAGAGGGCGAGGUUGCUGACGAAGUGAAUGAUCCCUCGGCGUUGGAUUACACCGACGAAGAGGACAAAGAAAGACUAAACUUCUUUUGGUUCGAUGCCUACGAGGAUUCGAAAAACCAACCUGCUCAUGGUAAUUUUUCUGCGGUAACGCAGGAGAUCGAUACUCAGCCAACUAAACCAGCAUUUUCUCCUUCGCCACGCGAAUUAGAGGUGCUGUGUGCUGGCUGGAUCCCCGGACCAACGUUAUCGCGAUAA